AUGGCGCGGCGGGAAACAAGUGCGGCGGCGCCAACUAAUUCGCGGCUCGUUCGGCGGGGCAGUGGGGAGGAGCGACGGGCGCGGCGGCUGGCAGAGACGGCGGGGGAGACGGCGGCGGAGUGUGCGGCGAUCUGCUGCUGCUGCCCCUGCGGCGUCGCGAAGCUCGUCGUGGUCGUGGCGGUGAAGCUUCCGGCGAGGCUCGUCCGGCGGACCCUGCAGCGGAGUAGGGCGCCGAGCUCGCGGAAGAAGGCGCCAGCGAUCGCGCGGCAGGAGCUCGUCCCUGCGGGAGACCAUCCGGAGGAGGCAUUCCCGGCGAGAUCGCCGGCGGAGGCGAUGUCGGAGCUGGAGAAGGUGAUGCGGGCCAACUUCUACGGCGCCGGGUUCUGGCGGAGCCUCUCCCAGAGGGAACGGAGCUCACCCAAGUGUUAA